GCAGGCUUAGCAAAUUCGUAAAUAGUAAAUGUCAAACAUGGCUGUUUGUAUAAAAUUUUGAACAUAUUUUUCUUUAAAAAUUGAAUAAAUAGUUAUGGCUUCACGAAGUUUAACCGACGUUUUUUUAUUAAUGCGAAAUAAUGCCAUCAGAAGCAGGCAUAUAUACCCGGAUCAGGACUCAUCAGAAAGAAUGCAUUUGGUUUCUCUUAAUGACAUGGAAGAGGGCACAAGCAGUAGAGACGAAGUUCGAAUGCCACCCACAUGGAUAGACUACCUGGAAAAAGCACAAAUGAUUAUACCGAAAUUAAGGUUGAAAAUAGACGACCUCAAGACUCUCCAUUCGAAACAUCUACACAAAUCCACCUUCGAUGAAACAUCAGACGACGAAGUCGCUAUAGAGAUGUGUACACACGAAAUAAGCAGGAUGUUCAACGAAUGCCAUCGACUGGUUCAGAUAUUGAAAAGCCACUCGUUCGAGGGCGUCCAGAAAGAACGAAGACUGACAAUUAACGUGUACCAUUCCCUAGCCAUCGCUUUGCAAGAGCUGUCGACUUACUUCAGAUCGACGCAAAACAGCUACUUGAGGCAGAUACAAUCCCGAGAAGACAGGUCUAGGAUUUAUUUCGAUCAAAACGAAUUCGAUGAGUUCUACCAGCAGGAAUCGGACGAUAUCGACAUACAUUUCGUUAACUCCAAACAGAUAACCCAGCAACAGCUUCUUCUGUUGGAAGAAGAGAACACAAGGUUUGCAGAGGAAAGAGAACAAGAAGUAAAUGCUAUUGUUAAAUCGAUAAUCGAUCUCAAUGCCAUCUUUAAAGAUUUAGGCCAGAUGGUGGUAGACCAAGGGACUGUACUAGAUCGAAUAGACUAUAAUAUCGAACAAACUUCAAUACAAGUACAAGAAGGGUUCAAACAACUUCAGAAAGCGGACGUUUAUCAAAGGAAGAACAGGAAAAUGUGUGUUAUCCUCGUAUUAGCUUCGACGAUUAUUUUAUUAAUUUUUUUAUUGAUUCUUAUCAAAACCUAGUCACAAUUUUACGAUUAUACAUGUAAAUUUAGAGUUAAGAUAUACAAAAUAUUUAUUUUUAUGUUGAU